GCAGUCACAAUGAAUCGUUUGCUAUUGAGUGUGGUGGCGCUGGUCGCCUUGAGUGCAUCCUGCCAAGGACAUCCGGAGGUCGAGUUCCCCUUCGGGAAAAUCGUCAACGGCGAGGAAACGACAAUCGAUCAGCACCCCUACCAAGUGUCCAUCCAGACGACUUCGGGCUCCCACUUCUGCGGAGGAAGUCUGAUCAAUGAUGAUACCGUCGUGACCGCCGCCCACUGCAUGCAGUCCUAUGCCGCCAGCAAGUUGCAGGUCCGUCUGGGAUCCACGAACAGGAACUCCGGCGGUGAGUUGGUCGGCGUGAGGGCCUUCAAGUACCACGAGGGCUACAACAGCAAGCUGAUGACCAACGAUGUGGCCAUCCUCAAGCUGAGCUCUCCCGUUGUCCAGACCUCCCUGAUCCGCGCCAUCGAAUUGGCCAAGGAAGAGCCCGAGAAUGGAGAGAAGGCCGUGGUCUCCGGCUGGGGCACCACCUGCUACUUUUGGUGCUCCUCCCCAGCUACCCUUCUAAAGGUGGCGGUGGAUAUUGUGAGACAAUAUGAAUGUGCCAGUAGCACCUACAAGUACGGAACUUCGGUCUCGGACACCAUGAUCUGUGCCUACAGCGAGGGUAAGGACGCCUGCCAGGGUGACUCCGGCGGUCCCCUCGUUUCCGGCGGCAAGCUGGUGGGCGUCGUCUCCUGGGGCAGCGGAUGCGCUAAGGACGGCUACCCGGGCGUCUAUGCCAGUGUCGCCCAGCUCUAUGAUUGGAUCGUAAAUACCACUGCUUCGUUGUAGAUAGAAUGAAUAAAUUGAAGAGCAUUUUUAAA